UCAACUGUUAUUCGUCCUAUUGUUGCAGGCGUUGCUUUAAUUGCUAAAUCUGAGCGUUAGUAUUGCGCGCAAAAAUGAAUAAGGUCCUUUUUACGUUUGCGGUUAUAACGAGUUACGUGAGAGGUGACGCAUUCACCCCAGUAGCGACGACCCCGUCGGGAAGAAUACGGGGCUCCAUCGGUCUGACAGUCAGCAAUAAGGCGUACUUUUCGUUCGAAGGGGUGCCUUACGCAAGACCGCCUGUCGGACAACUCAGAUUCGAGCCCCCCGAACCGGUAGGCGAAUGGGUCGGCGAGGUGGAGGCGCUUGCGCCAACGCAGUGUAUACAGUACAACUAUUUCUCCGAAUACGUAAACGGCACUUACCAAGUCGAAGGGGAAGAAGACUGCCUGCACCUGAACAUCUACACCCGAGAUUUGAGCGUCGACGCGAAUGUCGACGUCCUGGUUCACAUCCACGGCGGAGCUUUCAUGUUCGGUAGCGGCACAGCUUACGGUCCCCAAAUCAUAAUGGACCGUGACGUCGUCUACGUCAGUUUCAACUACCGACUUGGCGCGUUGGGCUUCCUGUCCACAGAGGACGCCACCACCCCCGGAAAUAACGGCCUCCGAGAUCAAAUCGCCGCGCUACGCUGGAUACGGGAAAAUAUCAGAUACUUCGGCGGCGAUCCCGAUUCCGUCACCAUUAGCGGAAUGUCGGCGGGCGGGGCCAGCGUCCACCUGCACUACCUGAUGCCCGGAUCGGCCGGGUUGUUCAAGGGUGGUGUAUCGCAGAGCGGCUGCGCUCUCAACCCGUGGGUACUCAUGGAACGCCCCUUGGAAAAAGCGCGUCAGCUGGCCGACCGGCUGGGCUGUCCAGCAGACACUUCCGCUAUCAUCAAGGAGUGCCUCAAAACUAGGCUCGCCGCCGAUAUCGCGGGGGCCGCGAGGCUGCUCCAACCGUGGAUGUACAACCCGUUCUCUCCGUUUGGCGUGGUAGUGGACGCUUGGGCAGAAGAUCCCGUAUUGCCCCACCAUCCGUACGACUUGCUCGUGAGAGGACUCGUGCAGAACCACCCUUGGAUCGUUUCGUACACAUCAUCUGAAGGCCUGUUCCCCGCUUCAGAAUUUUACGCCGACGAGCGCCUCCUGGCGGACAUCGAUGCGAAUUGGAACGACAUAAUGCCCCACGUGUUGCACUACAACUGUACCGUCGCUCCAGAGCUGAGGGACGAGGUCUCUCAGGCGAUACGGGAACGGUAUUUGGGCGGCGACCCAGUCGACAGACGUUCAUUUAGCAAACUCGUCGAAUUAAUCGGAGACCGUCUUUUCGUCGUGGACAUUGAACGGGCCACUGCUCUGCACAGUUCCUCAGUGACAUCGGACGUCUACAGUUACCUGUUCGACUAUCGCGGUGCUGCGAGCAAGUCCGAUGCGAGGACCGGCUCUAGCAUCGACAUAGGCGUUUCCCACGGAGACGACACCAUCUACGUGAUGAAAACCGUUGCGGAUACUCGCUCAAACGACGACGACCGCGCCAUGAGUGAAAUUCUGACCGACAUGUUCGUGACGUUCAUGCAAACGGGCGUACCGCAAGUGGGCGUGGAAUGGUUACCAGUGGGGAAGGGUUGCGACGUGCCACUGCGACGCCUCAACAUAUCGGGCCCCCAAGCACUCGGCAUGGAAGAAGUGGCCCCGGGACGGGGCGCGUUCUGGGAGAGACUGCCCCUCGCCGAAAACGACCGCCUGGUGCGGCGGUCCAAGGACGAGCUGUGAGACGACUCUCGGUA